UUUCAUAACUUGUGAGAUUUUAUAUGUAUAAGAAAACAUAAAAUUUAAAAGGUUCAAAUUGUAUGUUCAAACAAUACUCUCAACUUUGUCUCAAAUGAUUUAAUAGUAUGACCAAAUGGGUCAGCCCAUUUGAGAAACCCAAACUUGAAUUUGUACGAUCAUCUAGUCCCAAAAUUUAAAUCCUUUGACCGUUGGCGCCACGAAUCAUGCUAUUUCCCAUCUUCUCCAAACUUACAAAACUCUAAACAGGUUAAAAUCAGUCCACGCCCAUUUAUUAGUAUGUGGGUCCACUGCCUCGUCAUACCUCAUAUUGAACAAAAUCAUUCGCCUUUACUCUCGUUUUGGUGCCACAGAUUAUGCUCAUAAGAUGUUCGAUGAAAUUACUGAACGAAACCCUUUUCUUUGGACUUCUAUGAUUCAUGUGUAUGUUGAAAAUUCUCAGCCUACUGAAGCUUUUUAUAUUUUCCGGGAUAUGCGUGUGCAAGAUAUCACGCCUUUGAAUUUCACUAUAUCAUCUAUACUGAAGGUGUUUGGACGACUGAAAUGGUCGAGAGAUGGUGAGAGGAUGUUUGGGUUUAUUUGGAAAUGUUGGUUAGGUUUUGAUUUGAUAAUGCUGAAUUCUGUGACUGACUGUUUCAUGAGAUGUGGGGAAGUUGAUUGUGUGAGAUGAGUAUUUGAUGAGAUGGAGGAAAAGGAUGUUGUUUCUUGGAACUUAAUGAUAUCGGGUUAUGUGAAUAAUGGAAGACUUGAAAUUGCACUAGAGUUGUUCGAUAGCAUGGAUGAGAAAAAUGUAGUUUCUCGGACUAGUGUGAUAUGUGGCUAUGUUAGGAAGGGAAAUAUGGUAGAGGCUAGGAAUAUUUUUGAGGCUAUGCCUACAUAGGAUAUGGCUGCUUGGAAUGUGAUGAUUUCGGGGUACACUGAUGUUGGUGAUGUGCACACAGUGAGCUUUCUAUUUCAGGCAAUGCCACACCGUGACACUGGAAUAUGGAAUUUGAUGAUAUCAGGGUAUUGUAAGGAGGGUGAGUUGGAAAAAUCAAAGGACUACUUUGAACAAAUGCCCCGUAGGAAUGUGGUGUCGUGGACUAUGAUGAUAGAUGGCUAUGUUAAGUCUGGGAAAUUGCACGAAGCAAAGUGUUUAUUUGAUGAAAUGCCGGAGAAAAAUCUCAUUACAUGGUCUACCAUGAUUAGUGGUUAUGCUAAGAAUGGGAAGCCUUCUGCUGCCUUAGAAUUGUUCAAAAACUUUAAAAAGCAGAGUCUUGAACUGGAUGAGACUUUUAUUUUAGGUGUCAUCUCAGCUUGCUCUCAAUUAGGGAUUGUAGACGCAGUUGAGUCAGUAAUAAGUGAUGAUGUAGGAUCCAGAUAUUUUUCUGAUUCACAUGUUGUUAACAGUCUAAUAGACCUCUAUGCGAAGUGCGGAAAUAUUGAGAAAGCCUCGCAAGUAUUUGAAGCG